AUGAUCAGGUCCAUUGCUGCGGCCCUCCUCUGCCUCAUCUGGACUUCCCAGAGGUGGGCUGGGCAGAAGGAGGGGCUGGUCCAAGGUCACCCUGUGAGCCUGGUGGUGGAGGGGUGUCUUGAACCCAGGGCUCCAGUUUCUCAACUUCUCCCCAUUCUCUCUUAGCUUCAAGAGGCUGCGAGAGCUGCUGCAAGAGGAACAAGGUCUACCCCAUGGUCUCCAAGAAAGAUCCUUGUGGGUCGCCAGGAGGUGGAAACAGGCAAGUCUGGGGGGUCCAGGUGAGCAAUUGUUCUUUUAAAAAAAAAUAUCUUCACUGCAUUUCUUCACAUGCUUUCUCUGUAAUUUUUAAAAAUGCAGUGAGUGAUCUCUUAUUAGUUCUGUCAUUAUGGCUGGUUUGAGGUACUCGCACAACUUUAAUUGCCACUCAUCUUUUGUUGGUAUUAACUCACUUUUCCAGUAUUUUGCUAUUAGCAUCCUAGCUGCUGUUGUCGCAUAAAGAAACACUCUUUUAUUUUCAUUUGGGAUGAUUAUCGUUAGAAUGCCUAAUAGGAAAGCUUCCGGUUUCUUUUAAAAAGUGUGCUUUAGCAUUCUUUUUAGUUCCUCGUAGAUUAUGUCCCAAUUUUUUUUGAUUUGGGGACAUGUCUACCACAUGUGAAAUAAGGUUCCUUCAUUUUGUUUACAUCUCCAACACAUAUUGCUGUUAUUUUUCUUUAUUUUUGCUAAUUUGGAUGGGGUCAGGUACCACCAGUAAAUCAUUUUCAUAAAGUUUUUUUUUUAUCAGAUAGCACGCUGUGAAUUUCAAGUCUUUUUCCCAUAAUUUCCCCCAUUUUCCCAUCUCAACUGGAUAGCCAAAAUCGUGUGCCCACUUCACCAUCACUUCCUUCACCUCCUCGUCCUGAAGGUUUCUGUUAUGUAUUAAGAUUAGUUGCAGUUCUCACUCAGGGCCACCAGUAUGUAAAUGAAGGAUUGAAAACUGUCGUUCCUGAUUGGUUAUCUAGUUGUGAGUUGUUGCUGUUACAAGUUACUUAGUAUUAUAUAAAGCAACCAGCUAGGCUGCAGUCAGUCUGAUUCCAGCAGCAGUUCUAACUGCUGUAAUAAAGAGCUGUGAAUCCGACAGAGCUGUGUCCUUCGUCCAUCUUUUCCACUAUUCAACACUGGCGACAAGGAUGGGAUAGGAUGAAACAAGACACAGCCAGAGCUGAACUGCUGAGCUGAACACUCAAGAGCUGAGAUAUCGCUGAGGCUAGUGUCCAUCCUUCACCAUUCAACCGGCACUGGGAAAACAUGGCGUCGCUACUGCCUCUACCCCCGUUUUGGCCAGAAACUGAGUCCUGGCAGUCUUAUAUCGUUCGGUUCGAAUGCUACCUUGAGGCAAAUGCUUUCACCGAUUUGACAGACAAUUGGAAGAGAGCUCUUUUCCUCACCAUCUACGGCUCAAAAGUUUUCGAGAUGACUAGGGCUCUUGUGGCUCCGCUUGUGGUGCAGGCCGCACCCUGGGACACGCUGACUGAGAAACUCAAGGGACACUAUGCACCCAAGGUGUCCAGAAUUGCUGCCCUUCCGCGUUCCAUCAUUGAAUCCAAACUGAGGGGGAGACAACAAAUUUUUAUCGGCCCUCAGGAGGGCUGCAUACCACUGUGAAUUGCGGGACUUGAGUGAUGCCCUGCUGGAUCGAAUCGUGUGCAGUGUGAGGGACAAGAAACUACAGCACCGUUUCCUCGCCAACUUCAAUCUCACUCUCAAACAGGCCAUCGAGGAAGCUCAAGCUGCAGAGGCAGCGAAACAAUCAACAGCGAAGAUCCGCAAGGCCAACAGCCCAACAAUUUCAAAGAAGUCAACCUGGGUCCACCGUGGAGAGAUCAGUGAAUCCGAGGGCUGCUCAGACGAAGAGGAUGAUGUUUGCCGCAUCAAGCAGGAAUGUGGAAGGGUCAAACGGUGAACGACAGACCAAUCAGACUGUGCGGGUUGCGGUGGCAACCACCCUCGGUCCAAAUGCGGUUUCAAGGAUGCCAUCUGUUGGCGUUGUUCACUUAAGGGUCAUAUUGCGAGGGUUUGUUGCUCAUCUAUGCCAGCAGAUAGGCUACCGGCACGGGGAAACAAGAAGGCGUCGACAAUGUAUGCUAACAAGGACUGCCACGCUGUCACCAACUGCCGUUGCUCGGCCAAGCUGACAGUUGGCCAGGCUGAUGGGUCUGAAUACCGGAAAAAUUAUGUCACCGUGACUAUUGAGGGAAAACCAUGCGACAUGGAAGUUGACAUGGGCUCUGCCAUGUCCAUUGUCUCUUGGAGUACCAUCAAAAGGUUGAUUCCCAAAUUAUCUAAGAAACAACUGGACUCUACCUACCUGCAUUUGAGGGAUUAUCAGGGAAAUAACAUUCCAGUUGUAGGUGUGGGCAAGUUCAAAGUGACCUUCAAGGACUUUUUGGGACCGCUGAAGUUAGUCGUCGUCGAUGGAAAUCGGCCCAGCCUGCUGGGACUGGACUGGUUUGCGUCCCUGGGGUUGGAAGUUACAGGCAUCCACAGUGUAUCACAGUCAGAAAUAGACGCCAUCGUCACAGGGCUUUCGGAAGUGUUUGAUGGAACCUUGGGGCAGUAUGUGGGAUCGCCCAUAUCCUUUAACCUCGAUUCGCUAAUCACACCCAUCAGAGUCAAGCCUUGAUGCAUACCGUUUGCGCUCAAGCCUAAGGUGAAUGAACAACUAGACAAACUGAUCGCACAGGGGGUCCUGGAACCCAUAGGCAAAGCUAAGUGGGAGACUCCCAUCAUGACGCCCAUCCAGCCUGAUGGGUCAGUGCGCAUCUGUGCUGACUAUAAGUGCACGAUAAACAAGGUGCUCCAACAGCAUGCGUACCCCGUCCCUGUCGUCCGACACUUACUACACUCACUGGGAGAGGGGCAGGGUUUUUGCGAAACUCAACCUUGCUCAGGCAUACCAGCAGCUGCCAGUAGAUGAUGCCACUGCUGAGGCACAGACGAUUGUCACGCACCGUGGGGCUUUCCGUUGUCAUCGGCUGCAGUUUGGAGUCAGCAUGGCACCGGGAAUUUUCCAGAGCUUAAUGGAGCGGCUCCUACAGGGUCUGCCUGGCGUUGUACCUUACUUUGAUGACUUGCUCGUCUCAGCGGGAACAACACAACAGCUUUUUGAUCGGCUGCAGGAUGUUCUGACCAGGUUCCAAGAAGCAGGUCUCAAAGUUAAAGAGGGGGAAAUGCCAGAUCGCUGUACCACAAGUCGAGUUCCUGGGAUACCUGGUUGACAGCUCCGGCAUUCACCCCAUGGAAGCAAAGAUCAAAGCUAUACAACAGGCUCCUGAACCACAAAACAAGAAGGACUUGCAGGCCUUUUUAGGUCUAUUGAACUUCUAUAACAUGUUCCUGCCACACAAAGCGACCGUCGCUGAGCCCCUCCAUCAACUGCUGGACAAAAAGGCAUCGUGGUCAUGGGCCCCCCCAGGAAGUCUGUAAAGACACUAUUAACGUCAGACUCUGUCCUCACCCAGUACAACGAGGAGCCUCCUCUUGUCCUAGUCUGCAGUGCUUCACCUUUCGGUGUCGGGGCCGUUCUCAGCCAUGCUUUCCCUGAUGGCAGAGAGGCUCCCAUCGCAUACUAUUCGAGAACCUUGUUGUCAACAGAAAGGAACUAUAGUCAGCUUGACAAGGAGGCGCUGGCGCUCGUGGCAGGAGUUAAGCGUUUUCACAAAUACCUCUAUGGCAGAGUUUUCGACCUCGUCACAGACCACAAACCUCUUCUGGGUAUCCUGGCUGAUGACCGCCCGUCAUCCCCCCCGAUUUUAUCGCCACGAAUGCUACACUGGACUGUUUUCCUUGCGGCUUAUAACUAUCGGCUCCUAUACCGACCAGGCAAGUUGUCAGGGCACGCUGAUGCACGUAGCCACUGGCCUUUGCCGACGCUAGUCGAAGAUCCAGCGUCUUUGUCAGCGGUACUCCUGAUUGAGGAACUGCCUGCAUUUCCUCUGUCAGCAGCUGACGUCGCUCUCCGUUCUUCCAAGGAUCGUACCACCAGCUGUGUUCUCAACUGGGUGUGGAGGGGGUGACCAAAAGGGCCAACUGAUCCGGAGUUCCAGCCUUUCGUUCAACGGCAGCACGAGCUCUGAGCUCACCGGGGUGUCUCCUAUCGGUAGACCAGGUCAUCAUUCCAACCAAGCUUUGUCAGCGCGUCCUUCAUGCACUCCAUGUCGGGCACCUGGGAAUUGUGCGCAUGAAGGCAUUGGCACGCAGUUUUGUUUGGUGGCUGGGCAUGGACAAGGCCAUCGUAUCCUGGGUCGAAUCAUGCCAGGCAUGCCAGGAGUCAAGACCUGAUCCACCUGUGCAUCGUGGGAACUCAUGGGAGACCCCCAAGGCACCAUGGUCAAGGGUGCAUAUUGAUUUAGUGGGGCCUUUCCACAGACACACUUUUAUGGUGGUCGUGGAUGCAUAUUCUAAAUGGUUGGAGGUGGUAUUAAUGUCCUCAACCAGCUCAGAAGCUGUUAUCCGAGUGCUGCAGAGGCGUUUUGCCACACAUGGGUUGCCAGACGUUCUCAUAUCGGAUAAUGGAGCCUAAUUCACGUCGGGUACAUUUGAGCGCUACCUCCUUGGCCGGGACAUCUGCCACGCUCUGACAGCCCCAUUUCAUCCAGCCAGCAAUGGUCAGGCAGAGAGAAUGGUUUGCUUAGCUAAAGAAGCGUUGUCACAUAUGGCACAUGGGGACUGGCACAAAUGGGUAGGCUAGUACCUGUUUGUACAACACAUAAUACCGUGCACAACAACAGGCUGGAGCCCUGCCGAACUUUUGAUGGGCCGCCGCCUGCAAUCUCCUCUCGACCAACUGCACCCAGAUUUCACAGUGGCAGAUUCCCCAGGCUGUGCUAGCACGCCACGUGUCUUAAUUCCAGAAGAGAAGGUACCGUAUUUUUCGCUCUAUAGGACGCACCAGAUGAUAAGAUGCACGUAGUUUGGGGGGGGGGGAAACAAGAAGAAAAAAAUUCUGAACCCCAGAAGCCAGAACAGCAAGAGGGAUCUGGCUUCUGGGAUAGCCUGUGAAGCCUCCGCAGGGCAGCGGAGCUAACCCCAAGCUAGAACAGCGAGACGGAACUAUGCGGGGGAGGUUCCCUGGGUGCCGGCUGUAGUGGUUGGGGUUACAGGGCCAAAGUCAUAUCAGGAUAUGGCGCCGGAGCAUUGACCAACUGCACCCCCAGGCUGGGGAUUCGGAUGGGGGGACAGUGCCUCCGGCAGCCUGGGCAGAGGCAGGCCAGCUGCCAAGUACCACUGAAGUUCAACCAAGCGAGGCUGGGGAGGAAACUCCAGCGUACAGCCCACCUGUACCAGAAACCUUACCAGAGCCUAUGGUACAGCUGCAGUCCGGAGCCUCCACUGCAGAAGCCAACAUAGAAGCCUCCAAACCGAGCCAUACACCUGCGUCCCGGGGGGGAGCGUGUCAUUGGGCCCUAGCAGCUUGGCUGCCCAUCCAGUGAUACCUCGGUGUUCUACCCGGACCCAUAUACAUUCAGCCUACCUGAAAGACUAUGCGGUAUGAAGUACCUGUAAUUCUAAUCAAAUCCGUGGCUAGCAUAUAUGGUAUAUGGUUGUAACAAUUAAGGUGUGAUGGCCUGGGAUUCCGAUUCGGAGGAUGAAACAGAGGAAUCCCGGCCUGCACAGGAGUCCCUGCCUCCAGGGCCGGCUGAACUGGGGCAAGGCCUUGAUGCUGAAGAGCCUGCACCUGUGGCAGUGCAUCAGGAGCUGGCCCCAGGUGAAGCCCUUCGGGCCCCAGAGGGGCUUGAUGACUCAGUGGCCACAGGUGAGCCUCCUCCAGGGCCCAGUAACCCUUCGGCCUCUCCUGAUCUGCAGAGGCUUAGGGCAGAGAGGCGAAGGGAACUGGUUGCCCCCAGGAGGAGUGCUCGCCUUAAGGCCAGAGGAGGCGGGGCUCCUGGGGACCGGGACCGCCCCUGGCCUUAGAAGAGGAUAAAAGCCCAGUCAGCCCGGCCCCAGGUUGCGGGAGCAACGUCGUUGUUGGCUUCGGACCUUCCUGUGUUCCUGAUCCCUGCUCGGCUUCCUGUUCCUGACUAUCCGGUACUCCUGCUCCCUGCUCGGCCUCCUGUUCCCGACCAUCCGGUGUUCCUGUUCCCUGCACAGCCUCCUGUUCCAGCAUUCCUGUUCCCCGCCCGGCUCUCUGCCUCGGACCUUGCCCCUCUUCGUGUGGACUCUGCUACACCCAAGGUACCUUACCCCGGGACCAGCACAGUUUGCUCCCGCCCAACCCGCACUCCCCCUUCGUAGGGGUGCGUUCGGGAAGAGCCAGAGGCCAUGGCUGACCAGGCGGCUGCACUGGUGGCUUUGGCCCAGAAGAACCAGGCCUUGACUCACACCGUGCAGCAGCUCAGUGACGCGGUUGUGGCACUUCAACAACGCUUGGAAGCCCUACCGGCUCCUGGGGCCGACGCCCGGCUCCUGGCAAGUACCCAGUGGCUUUGCCUGAGAAAUUUGAUGGAGCCCCGGCCAGCUUUCCCAUGUUCCUGGCCCAGGCCAAGCUGUAUAUUCAGGGGCGAGCCCGGAACUUUCCUGACGACCGCACCAAGGUGCACUUUUUGAUUAGUUUGUUAAAGGACCAGGCGGCCAAGUGGGCGUUGCCGCUACUCAGGCAAGACUCCCCCUUGCUGGCAGACUAUACGGGGUUUUGCAAUCGUUUGGAGGCCGCGUUCGGCAACCCCCAGAAAGGGAGUCAAGCCAACCGGGCGAUUCGGCGUUUGAAACAGGGCAAGUCCACGGUGGCCGCAUAUACCACGGAGUUUCGGCUGUUGGCACAGGACUUGACCUGGAAUGAUUCGGCACUGCGGGACCAGUAUCUCGAAGGGCUUUCGGACGAGGUACUGGACCAGUUGGCCACAAUGGAACGCCCCACCACGCUAGACACUCUCAUUCAACGGAGUCUACAAAUAGACGACCGGUUGGAGGAUCGUCGUCAGGCCCGGGGUCGCCGACACUUCCAGUUCACGGCACCAGCUUUUCCGGCAGCCCCACGGUCACAACUGAUUUAACGGAGGAGCCUAUGCAGCUCGGGGCAGUGCGGCCACGCCUUUCCCCCGCAGAGAAGGCGCGGCGUCGGGAGGGAAAUCUCUGUCUUUACUGUGGCGGAAGUGGACACUUCGCUCGGUCUUGCCCUGAGAAACGCCAGCCGCAGGAGACCGCCAACCCCAGUAGCUGAUGGCCCUAGCUGCCGGGGUCCCAAACCGCGCAGAAUGGGCCUGCAUCAAUGGACUCGCAACAUCUUAUGGUUCCGGUGCGUUUAUACCCUCCAGGUGGGCCCUGGAUCCCCACCCAUGCUUUGGUGGAUUCAGGGGCAACCCGCUCUUAUAUGGACGCUGCUUUUGCCGCCCAUCAUCAGGUGCCACUUCGGAACAAGCCAGUACCGGUCCAGGUGGAAGCGAUUGACGGACGACUUCUGUGUUCAGGUGCCGUUACUCAGGAGACCCAGCCCCUGGUCCUGUGUUUCCAGCAGCACCGGGAGUUGCGAACUUUGGACAUUGCCUCUAUGCCCCGCUUCCCCCUGGUGCUCGGGAUGGACUGGCUGGAAGCCCACAACGUUCAGAUUCACUGGGUCAAACGGACCGUGCACUUCCCAGACCCAUGUUCCCAUGCUCAAUCCGGGACGCUGGCGGCCGCGCCCUCAGAGGAGGCAGCACCCACGCUCCCAGCCGUGUAUCAGGACUACCAGGACGUGUUCGAGGAACGGCGGCAGACCAGCUGCCGCCGCAUCGGCCUUUGACUGCGGCAUAGACCUCCAACCCGGAGCGCCUCUACCAGUGAGUCGCUUAUAUUCUCUAACAGAGCCAGAGCGCGAGGCUUUGCAGGACUUCUUGCGCAAGAACCUGGAGCGUGGGUUCAUUAGGCCGUCCACCUCGCCUACCGCGGCACCAGUGCUUUUCGUUAAGAAGAAAUGUGGGGAACUCCGCCCUUGCCAUGAUUACCGAGCCUUGAACAAAAUUACCGUCCCAGACCGAUACCCCUUGCCCCUUAUCUCGGAGCUGCUGGAGCGGGUGCAAGGGGCACAGGUGUUCACCAAGCUGGACCUCCGGGGGGCCUACAACUUGAUUCGGAUCCGAGCCGGGGAUGAGUGGAAGACAGCGUUUGGGACCCGGUACGGGCAGUUCGAAUAUUUGGUUAUGCCUUUCGGGUUGUGCAACGCGCCUGCUGUGUUCCAACGCUACAUCAACCACGUGUUUCAGGACUUGUUAGACAAGUACGUGGUGGUGUAUUUGGAUGACAUACUGAUUUACUCCCGUGACCCGGCUCGCCAUGAGGGACAUGUCCGGACCGUGCUGCAGCGCUUGCGUGAGCACCGUUUGUACGCAAAGCUCAGCAAGUGCGAGUUCCAUCAGCGGACUGUGGACUUCCUUGGUCACCGGCUCUCUCCGGAUGGGGUGCAAAUGGACCCGGGGAAGGUGACAGCGGUUCAAGAAUGGGCGGCACCCCGGAACCGCAAGGACCUACAACGUUUCCUGGGGUUCGCCAAUUACUACCGGACCUUCAUCGCUGAUUAUGCUCAUCGCACCACCCCGUUGACCCGGCUACUGCGCCCAAAGACGCCGUUUUCCUGGGACAAGGAGGCAGAGGAGGCGUUUCAGGGGUUGAAGGCCUGUUUCCAGAGGGCACCAAUCUUACAACAUCCUGACCCCUCUCGACCCUUUGUGGUGGAGACCGACGCCUCCAGUACGGCUCUCGGUGCCGUCUUGUCUCAACAGAUUGGGCCCGAAGCGCCACUCUUACCCUGUGCCUUCUAUUCCCGCCAGCUCCUACCAGCGGAGCGUAACUAUACUGUGUGGGAGCGGGAACUACUGGCCAUCAAGGUAGCCUUUGAGGUCUGGCGCCACCAUCUUGAGGGGCACGACAUCCGGUGGAGGUAAGAACCGACCACCGGAACCUGGAAGUACCUCCAGACCACCCGCAAGCUGAACCAAAGACAGAUCCGGUGGGCGUUGUUCUUUUCCCGGUUCCAGUUUCGGAUCCGCUACAUCCCUAGCUCUCAGAAUCUGAAGGCGGAUGCCCUGUCCCGGAAACCUGAAGACAACGCAGACACGGUACAGCAAGCAGAACCCGCCACGAUCCUACCUCCGGCCGCAUUCCUGGCCACCCAGGAGGCGCAGCCACUGCAGGUUCGGGUGCGGGAACAGCAGCGGGUCGACGCUUGGGCCCAGGAACGACUCCGGGAGCUGGCUGAAGGGUCCAGCCCACAGUAUCCGGGGCUGGUCCUGCAUCAGGGCCUCCUGCUGCACCACGGUCGUCUGUACAUCCCGCCAGGGCCACUGCGGCUGGAGGUUCUCCGGAUGGCCCAUGAUGCCCCGGCAGCGGGGCACUUUGGACGGUAUCGGACCACCCAUCUGGUCAGUCGUGAGUUUUGGUGGCCCCGCCUGAAGGCUGACGUGGCUCGCUACGUUGCUGGUUGUGAUGUCUGCCGACGCGCCAAGGGGCCUACCGGGCGACCCCCGGCCUACUUCAGCCAUUGCCAGUUCCACCGCGCCCUUGGCACACAGUUUCGUUGGACUUUGUAGUGGACUUACCCUCGUCUCGUGGCUGUACCUGCCUUCUGGUUUUCUCCGACCAUUUCACCAAGAUGGUGCACUGCGCUCCCUGUCCAUCUGUACCCACAGCCAAGGAAACUGCUCAGCUGUACCUUCAGCAUGUCUUCCGCCUGCAUGGACUACCUGAGCGCGUGGUGUCCGACCGGGGCGUUCAGUUCACAUCCCGGUUCUGGCGAGCAUUACACCAGACCCUCGGGACAGAGGUCUGCCUCUCGUCAGCCUACCACCCACAGACCGAUGGCCAGGCGGAGCGGGCGAACGCGGUGCUGGAGCAGUACCUCCGGUGUUACUGCAGCUACCAGCAGGAUGACUGGGUCGACCACCUGGCAUUGGCGGAGUUCGCCUAUAACAACGCGGUGAAUGCGUCCACCCAGCAGACCCCGUUCCAGGCCAGUUAUGGUUAUCAUCCACGGCUGUUUCCAGAGGUGCUGCCGGCAUCCGCGGUCCCGGCGGUGACGGAGUGGCUUCAAGAGCUCCAGUCCCAGCAACAGCUUUUGGUGGAGCAACUGCACCAGGCCAAGGAAGCGUACAAAGCCCAGGCCGACCGCCACCGCCAGGUGGGGCCGGAACUCGCGUCGGUGACCUGGUUUGGCUCUCCACUCGCCACCUCCACCCCUCUCGACCUUCGCGGAAGUUGGACGCCCGCUUCACCGGCCCGUUCCCUAUCGUAGACCAAAUCUCUCCUGUGGCAUUCCGUCUCCGGUUACCCGCAACCCUGAAGGUUCACCCGGUCUUCCACAGGUCCCUUUUGAGUCCGGUGGCCCCACCCGACGAGUUCCACCAGAACCGUCCCCGACCGCAGCCAGUGUUGGUUCGGGGAGAGCCUGAGUACGAGGUGGAACGCAUCCUGGACUCCCGAUACCGCAGGGGAAAGCUGCAGUAUCUCAUUGACUGGAAGGGGUACGGACCGGAGGACCGUUCCUGGGAACCAGCGGCCAAUGUCCAUGCACCUGCCUGCCUCCGAGAGUUCCAUGCGACGUAUCCCGGCAAGCCGGGUCCGGACCCUCGGUUGAGGGGGCCUGGGAGGGGGAUGGUGUGAUGGCCUGGGAUUCCGAUUCGGAGGAUGAAACAGAGGAAUCCCGGCCUGCACAGGAGUCCCCGCCUCCAGGGCCGGCUGAACUGGGGCAAGGCCUUGAUGCUGAAGAGCCUGCACCUGUGGCAGUGCAUCAGGAGCUGGCCCCAGGUGAAGCCCUUCGGGCCCCAGAGGGGCUUGAUGACUCAGUGGCCACAGGUGAGCCUCCUCCAGGGCCCAGUAACCCUUCGGCCUCUCCUGAUCUGCAGAGGCUUAGGGCAGAGAGGCGAAGGGAACUGGUUGCCCCCAGGAGGAGUGCUCGCCUUAAGGCCAGAGGAGGCGGGGCUCCUGGGGACCGGGACCGCCCCUGGCCUUAGAAGAGGAUAAAAGCCCAGUCAGCCCGGCCCCAGGUUGCGGGAGCAACGUCGUUGUUGGCUCGGACCUUCCUGUGUUCCUGAUCCCUGCUCGGCUUCCUGUUCCUGACUAUCCGGUACUCCUGCUCCCUGCUCGGCCUCCUGUUCCCGACCAUCCGGUGUUCCUGUUCCCUGCACAGCCUCCUGUUCCAGCAUUCCUGUUCCCCGCCCGGCUCUCUGCCUCGGACCUUGCCCCUCUUCGUGUGGACUCUGCUACACCCAAGGUACCUUACCCCCGGGACCAGCACAUAAGGAUUGGGGGAGCCUAACACCUCAUCUAGGUGGGGAGGGGUGUUAUGUAUUAAGAUUAGUUGCAGUUCUCACUCAGGGCCACCGGUAUGUAAAGGAAAGAUUGAAAACUGUCGCUCCUGAUUGGUUGUCUAGUUGUGAGUUGUUACUGUUACAAGUUAAUUAGUAUUAUAUAAAGCAGCCAGCUAGGCUGCAGUCAGUCUGAUUCCAGCAGCAGUUCUAACUGCUGUUAUAAAGAGCUGAGAAUCCAGCAGAGCUGUGUCCUUCGUCCAUCUUUUCCACUAUUCAACAGUUUCAAUCCAAUAAUAAUCUGUAUGUUUUUGAUAAUAUAUUUUUAUUAUUUAAUAAUAGUUCUUUUCACCCUUUUCAGUGACGGCUCCGGCCUGGUGGAAUGCUCUGUUCCACGAGACUAGGGCCCUGCAGGACUUGAUUUCCUUCCACGGGGCCUGUAAGACAGAAAUAUUCCGCCUGGCCUUCAAUUUGAAUUAGCCUGAUCUUGAUGUCUAAUUGACUGGUCCCCCCCGCCCCAAGACCUCUGAGUUUUUGAAUUUUAUUGAUAUUGAUGCUCCAUUUUAUGUUGUAUUCUAUGCUGUUUUAUGCUGUUUUUAAGUCAUAUUUUAAUCAAUGUUUUAUAUUUCCUGUUAGCCACCCUGAGCCCGGUUUUUAAAUCGGGAAGGGCGGGGUAUAAAUAAAUUAUUAUUAUUAUUAUUAUUAUUAUUAUUAUUAUUAAUAUUAUUAUUACUAUCCAAUAUCUUUGUGUCAAAUCCAUUAAUUUUUUUUUGUCUGAUUUUAAAAUGUUGUUUACCUGGCAAUAUUGUAGUCAGUUCACACAUGCCUGUUUUAGUUCUUCGUAUUUUUUAAUUUUAAAUUAGUUGUUUUCUUCUUGUAAUAUUUCCUUGUAUGUCAGCCAAUUGAUAUCCAUGUUUUUCUUUUUCACUGCUGUUGCCUCUAACGGUGACAACCACCAAGGGGUUUUGGGUUCCAGUAAUUUUUUAUUUCUUUCCUAUACAGUAAAUAGAGAUUUCCUUCUUAUGUGAUUGAGGAAUCGUCUAUGGAUUUUAACUUUAUUAUAUCCCAGAUAACUGCGCCAGCCAAACCUAUUGUCCCAGACUUUGAUGUCUAAUAUAUUUGCCUUUUUAAAAAUCAUCCAUUCUUUAAGCCUUCAGAUGAGCAAUUGUUCUGUUGCUGAGAGGAAGACGAUUGCGAGGCCUGUAAGACUCUGACGAUAAUGGAGUCCGGAGGAGACUGACCUCUGCUUGGAGGAGUCUUGGAGGAAGGCAGAAGUGGGGUUUUUUGUGUGUGUUGUUGUUUUUUACGUUCUUUCUGUCCUUUUUUCUUUGUUUCACCUGCAGAGUUGCCAGCCCAGGGCCCACCGUUGGAGCUCCACUCUUUGAGGAGGUUCACGGUGGAGCCCCUUGGGAAGAUGAUCUUCAUGUGGCCGGGCAAACUUGGGAAGGGUACCUCAGCCUCCACCAUCUUUGGCAUUUAAAGCCGAGCUCUGGGAGCCAGUGGGGGGGCAGUCCUUGGAUAGGACAUGCCAACAUGCCCCCCAAGGGCACCUUGGGGGCCAGAAAGACCGUCUCUGGCGCCCACAGGUUCACCUCUCGCCCCCACCAAAAUCAGGCUUGAAAGAAGCAUCUUUUGGUAGUCAACAGAAUAGGGGCAGUUUGGGUUUCUUUCCCUUUCCCUUCCACCCAGACGGAGUCCUCAUCAAAGACCUUGAGACAGGGGAGAGGGAGAUCUUGCCAAGUUAAGUCCGGCCAAAAAGAAUGACAACCAUGGGCAUAGCCAGGAUUUUGGUUGGGGGGGCUUUCAUUUUGGGGGCAGAACCUCAGUUUGCUAUGUGUUUUUAUUGGUUUUUAUUGAUGGGGGGGCAGCUUCCCCCCCUGCCCCCCAGCUAUGCCUAUGGUGACAAGAGACUUCCCAGGCAAGUUCAGAUACAAGAAUAAGAUGGGAGAAAGCUCUUCUCUUUCGGCUCACACCAGGGAACUCUCCCUGCAAAUGGCACAUGGUUGCUAUUUGACAUCACAAUGAAUUUAUUUUGUACACUUAGGGGUGCCUCCCCACCAUGCCAGGAUCCUGAGACCCACAGGCAUAUCUGGCAGGAGGGCACCAAACAAAGGGUCCUGGACCAAAGUAUUUUCUGAGAUCUUUUUGAUAACUGGGCCAACAAUUCACCCUUCUCCUUGUCUGGCUCUUUUGAAUUUGUAUAUAACAAGGAACUGAUUUUGUAUCUGUUGACACAGGUUGGGACCACAACUGCCAAAUUUUGGAAGACCUCAGCAGAGCAGAUUCCUCACUCCUUCCCAAAGAUGAGAUUGGCAACUGGAGUCCCUGGGACCAAACUGCCCUCCUGAGACAAAUCAGCUUGUCUAAGCCACAAACGUGUCUUGAGGAAAUGGAUUUCUUGGAUUCUCCCUCCUUCCUCCUUCCUCCUCCUCCAAAGCCCAACUGCCUUUAA